AUGGGCCGCCCCGCGGGCAGCGCUGCGCUGCCAGCCCCGCUCCUGCUGCUGCCGCUGCUGCUGGCAGCCGCACCGCGCCCGGACCCCGCCGCGCCCCGUCUGCGGGUCGCUGCCAACUUCGAUUGCAGAGCCAGCGUGGACCACACGCUGCCCCGGCCCCGGUGCCGGCGGGGCCUGCCCAAUGAGCCGCUCCUGCCCCCGCCAGCGCUGGCCUUGAGCACGGCCCAGCUGUGCCCAAACCGGCAGGACUGCCAGCCCUGCGUACGCGUGCGCCUAGCCCUGCACGCAUCAGGCCUUGGGGGCGUCCGGGGGCUGCAGCUGCAUUUCCUGGAGCUGGGCUCUAACCGGGCCGGCUGGCUGCAGGUGUGGCGACGGCGGCAAGCGGCAGGGAGUGCACUGUGGCAGGUGCAGUUUGAUUGCUACCCUGUGGAGAGCGGGCGCCGUGUCCUGGUCUCGCUGGGCACGGUCCCUGACCGGGGCCUGAGCCUCAACCAAACCCUCUUGGUUGCCACAGAACCAGCAGGCCCCACGUUCUCCUACGAGUGGCUCCCAGCAGCACGGGCGAUCGCAGUGUCAGUGCCCGAGGGCCCUGCCCUGAUGGUUCGGCUCUGCCACCAGCUAACCCUGGAGUGCGAGGAGUUGCACCGCCCCUUCCACCAGCAGGUGCUGGUGCACGGGGGCCAUCGUGCCGUGCUGCCCUACGAGUUCCUACUGCCCUGUCUGUGCAUCGAGGCCUCCUGGUUGCACCGUGACGGCCUGCGCACCAAGCGCUGUCCCUUCCAGGACCAUCCAGCAGCCUAUGGGGCUGAGCUGUGGGUGUCGGUGCAGUUCCAUGACUACAGCGCCAACGGCCGAGACCAGAUGGCCAUGGCGCUGAGCGCCCGUUGCCCGCUGCGUGCCACCGCCGCCCUGUGCUGGAAAGAGCGUGAUGCCAGCCCCACGGCUUGUCAUGACGUCCCCAACUCCACAGCCACCGAGGAUGAGCAGACCUACACCCUGGAGGAGGUGGACGUGCACCCACAGCUCUGCUUCAAGUUCUCCUAUGCCAACAGCAGCCAUGUGGAGUGCCCACACUGGAAAGACACAGCCUGGAACGUGUCCAUGAGCCUCUGGCCCCUGCAGCUACUGCUGCACUUCACCUCCAGCAUCCCAGCAGCCUUCAGCGCGGCCCUGUGCCAACAGCGUGCAGGGCGCUGCGACCCGGCGGCCCCCAUCUACACUGUCACGCACGCAGAGGGCUCGCGCCCCGGGGAGCUGGUCCUGCUCCUGCCAGUGCAGAUCCUGGGCAGCUGCGUGCUGCGCUCUCUGUGCCCCCAGGUGUGGCGCUCAGAUGUGCGGUUUGCCCGAAAACAGCUCCUGUGCCCAGAUGUCUCUCACAGGCGCUUCGGGCUCUUGGCACUGGGGCUGGUGCUGGCACUGGUGCUGCUGGCUGCUGUGCUGCUGUGGAGCUGUCGUCGCCUCUGCAAGCUGCCCCCAGCGGUCCCAGGGCAGCGGCCCGUGCUGCUGGUGUACUCGCCCGACUCAGAGCAGCACCGGCGCCUGGUGUGCGCCUUGGCCGACCUGCUGCACGCGGGGCUGGGCUGCGACGUGCGGCUGGACCUGUGGGACACGCGGCACGUGGGCCAGCUGGGCGCGCUGCCCUGGCUGCACGCCCAGCGUGAGCACGUGGGCCGUGAGCGCGGCACUGUGCUGUUGCUCUGGAGCCGUGGCAGCGCCCGGCUCUACCGCCUCUGGAGGGCAGGUGCCAGGGGCUGCGAGCCCGCCGACCUCUUCAGCGCAGCCAUGGGCUGCCUGCUGGGUGAGCUGCAGCAGGCGCCAGGGGCCGGGGCCCCAGGGGACUGGGUGCUGGCCUACUUCAGCGAGCUGUGCAACCGCCGGGACGUGCCACGGGCCCUGCGCCCCCUGCCCUGCUACCGCCUGCCGCAGGAGCUUCCCAGCCUGGCCAGAGUGCUGCAGGGCAGGCCCCUGCCCCACGGCUGGCUCCAGGUGGGCGCCAAGGCCCUGGUGUGCCAGCUGCUCGCGUCCGAGGUGAGCCAGGGCCUGCGGGGCCACUUGGAGCUGUGCCGCCAGCUGCAGCCCAAGGCAGCACCUGCAGUCCCGUGGAGACCCGGCGGCUCCUGAGAGCCCCUGCAGGACGUGCCCGCGGGUCGGGCCUAGUGCCGCACGGAGAGCCAAGGUCCUAGCCUGGGAGACUGGGGCCAGGGCCAGGCUGCCUUGGAGCCCUGCACUUAGCUGCGAGGUCGUGGAUGAGCUGCAAGUCACCAGAUGGGACCUGCUCGGGGCCGGUGUGGCUGCCCGGGGACCCCAGGUGCCGGAGACGGUGCGCCCUGCCAGCCAGGGUGUGCCAGGAGCCAGGACCCUGGGCUGCAAGGAUGGAGAUGGCAACUCUUGUCUCGUCCCUGGUGCCUUGGAGGAGGACAGAUGUGGCAGAGGCAGGGGCUGCUGCAGGGCAGGAGUCUGCCCUAACGGGGCAGGUGCUGCUUGGCUUCCACCUGCUGGGGCUGGGCAGAGCGGGCACCUCCGAGCUGUGCCCAUGGGGCCAGGCCUGGGUGACCUGUGGACUGAAUAAAAGAGCCUGUGAAGUACA